AUGGCAUCCAACUCAGACAAGGAGGUCGUCCUCGUCACAGGUGACCGAUUCCUCAAUAUAUCCAUCAAGCUCGUCAUCCUAACUAUCUGUGUAGGCGCAACGAAUGGCAUAGGCCUGGACACCGUGAUUUACAUUGCAUCUGCUUCGCCAAAAUAUCAUGUCAUCAUCGGUGCACGCAACCUUUCGAAGGGUGAGGCAGUCUUGAAAGACGUGCAAGCCAAACCAGGCAUCCAAGGCACCCUCUCGUUAGUACAACUCGAUGCCAACGACGAUACUUCUAUCGAAGCUGCGGCCAAGAAAAUUGAGCAAGAUUUCAACCAGCUCAACGUUCUUAUCAACAACGCUGGUGUAUGCCCGGAGAGGGACGAUCCGUGGACCAACCGAGAGCUGAUGCGUACGAUAUUCGAGACCAACGUGUUUGGCGCAACACUUGUCACCCAAGCUCUUAUUCCCCUGAUGAAGCGCUCAUCCAACCCGCGCAUUAUCAACGUAUCCUCUAGUCUCGGCAGCAUCAGCGCAAUCUCCGACCAUAGCGCCCCUUACUCUGGUGUACCAUACCCUGGAUAUCGCAUGAGCAAAGCUGCACUGAACAUGUUGACGGCAUAUCAGUACUACCAGCUCAAGCCGCAUGGGUUCAAAGUCUGGACCUACUGUCCUGGCUUUGUGGUGACGGAUCUGGGUGGCGACAGAGAACAGCGGAAGGAGAAUGGCAUCGACAGCUCAGAGACAAGUGCAAAAGGAUUGUUGGAGAUUGUGCAGGGUGAGAGGGAUGCUGAUGAAGAAAGCGCAUUGGCAUCAAAGUCCGAUAUCCGCUUCAACCACAUUCAAGUUAUCGGAACGCACAACUCCUACCAUCGUGAGGUCUCGCUUGCUGAGAGACCCGUGUUCGAGAAGUACAUCCCGUCCCCAGAGGACUACUACUACUCGCACGCUGAGCUCGACAAUCAACUGGAGCACCAGUCUGUACGCUCUUUUGAGCUCGACUUGCACUCGGAUGAAAAGGGUGGCCUGUACUAUCCUCCUGUGAUCUGGACGUUGUCGAACUUGACCAACGCGACCACCCCCUACAAUGGCGACAUCCUGAAAAAGCCGGGUAUCAAGGUGUUCCACGUCACAGACUUUGACCCUGACUCUGUCUGCCACACUUUCAUCGACUGCCUCAAGCAGUUGAAGAGCUGGUCAGACGCAAACCCAAGACACGUACCCAUCACCGUAGACUUAGAGCUGAAGACCGAUGCGCCAGCAUGUCAGCUUGGUGGUGCCUGCCCUGGUGAAGCGACCAACUGGACGCUUCCUCGCCUCUUGAACGUUGACGCCGAGAUUCUCUCCGUUUUCCCCAAGAAACAACUCAUCCGGCCUGACGACGUGCGUAAGAGUGGCCUCACUCUCGAACAGUCCAUCCUGCAGCACGGCUGGCCAAAGCUGAAGGACGUCCGUGGCCGUCUUAUGUUCUUCUUCGACAACGACCCGAAACCCACUGAUCCCAACUCGCCUCGCGAGCUCUAUCUUACCGGCGCACCAUCGUUACAAAACCGUACUGUUUUCACCAACGCGCUCGAAGACUCUCCCGAUGCUGCUUUCAUCAAGCACAACGAGCCGCGCGGGAAUGACACCGCUGAGAUCCAGCGUCUUGUCAAAAAGGGUUACCUGAUCCGAACACGUGCCGACGUGCCUCUCGACACCAUCCUGAACCGCACCAUGGAGAUGCGCGAGAGCGCUUUUGAGAGCGGUGCGCAGAUAGUCAGUACCGAUUUUCCAGCUUGGGGCAUGAGCAGUCGAUGGGGUUGGGACUACGUCGCCAAACUUCCUGGAGGAUUGGCUGCAAGAUGUAAUCCUGUUAUUGCGCCAGAGGGAUGCAAGGAUAAGGACCUAGAAUAG